UCCCAAAUGGGCUUUAUUAUUGGCAAAACGUUUACUUAAAAAAAGAUCUUUCAGGUCAAGAAACAGGCAAAUAUUUAAUGGAUUUAGCCACAUUUGCCUCAACCCUUCUUUGUUUAGCUCUGAUCUCCAAGAUCGCGUACAAGUGGCUCAACAGCAAGUCCCCACACAAAACCAAAGCGCAGCUCCCUCCUGGUCCACCAAAAUGGCCUGUAUUUGGCAACCUUCUGCAGCUUAGCAAACUCCCCCACAGAGACCUCGCCACUCUGUGCGAGAAAUACGGCCCGCUCGUCUAUCUCCGCCUUGGCAGCGUGCACGCCAUCACCACCAACGACCCAGACAUCAUACGCGAGAUUCUAGUCCGUCAAGAUGAUGUCUUUGCCUCCAGGCCACGCACUCUUGCUGCCAUUCACCUGGCCUACGGCUGUGGCGAUGUGGCCCUGGCCCCGCUGGGACCGAGCUGGAAGCGAAUGAGGCGGAUAUGCAUGGAGCACCUGCUGACCACAAAGCGGCUCGAGUCCUUUGCGAGACACCGCGCCGAGGAAGCUCAGCACCUCGUGCGGGACGUCUGGGCGAGGGCUCAGACCGGGAAGGCAGUGAACUUGAGGGACGUUUUGGGUGCGUUCUCGAUGAACAACGUGACUAGGAUGUUGCUGGGGAAGCAGUAUUAUGGGUCUGAAUCUGCAGGGCCACAAGAGGCCAUGGAGUUCAUGCAUAUUACCCAUGAGUUGUUUUGGCUACUGGGGUUGAUUUAUUUGGGUGAUUAUCUGCCAUUUUGGAGGUGGGUGGACCCUUAUGGGUGUGAGAAGAAGAUGAGGGAAGUGGAGAAGAGAGUGGAUGAUUUUCACAAGAAAAUUAUUGAAGAACAUAGGAGGGCAAGGGAUAGAAAGAGAAUCAAAAGAGAGGGUGAUGAUGAUAACGAUGAAUUGGAUUUUGUUGAUGUCCUGCUAUCUUUGCCUGGAGAAGAUGGAAAAGAACAUAUGGAUGACAGAGAAAUUAAAGCACUAAUCCAGGACAUGAUUGCCGCUGCCACAGACACGUCGGCUAUGACCAACGAAUGGGCGAUGGCUGAGGUGAUCAAGCAUCCACGUGUACUUCGAAAGGUCCAAGAAGAACUUGACUCUGUGGUAGGGCCUAAUCGAAUGGUCUCAGAAUCUGAUCUGGCCAACCUCAACUACUUACGUUGCAUCGUACGCGAAACCUUUCGGAUGCACCCGGCUGGACCCUUUCUUAUCCCCCACGAAUCGCUAGGUGCCACCACCAUCAACGGUUAUUACAUCCCAGCCAAGACACGUGUCUUCAUCAACACUCAUGGGCUGGGCCGAAACACCAAGGUUUGGGAUAAUGUAGAGGAGUUUCGGCCCGAGAGGCAUUGGGUGGUUGAUGGGAGCCGAGUGGAGAUUAGUCAUGGAGCGGAUUUCAAGAUAUUGCCAUUCAGUGCUGGGAAAAGGAAGUGUCCCGGCGCGCCUCUUGGGGUAACGUUGGUUUUGAUGGCAUUGGCUCGGCUCUUUCACUGCUUUGAUUGGAGCCCACCAGAGGGGUUGAAGCAUGAAGAUAUAGAUACAAGUGAAGUUUAUGGGAUGACAAUGCCAAAGGCUGAGGCUUUGGAGGCCAUUGCAAAGCCACGAUUAGCAAGACAUAUGUAUCAAUGAGUUUGAUUUGCAGGCUAUGACUCAGGAUGACACAGUUGCUUAACACCCCCUUUCAAGCUCAUGGGAGGAGGCUGAACCAUGAGCUUGUUGCACAAAAGAGGACAUCGUGCAGAAUUAAGACCCUUAGUGAAUAUAUAUGCAAUCUGAUCAGCAGUAGCAAUAUACUUGGUGGAGAUUUCUUUGUUAAAAAAUCUCUCAUGCAUAAAGUGAUAAUCGACCUCAAUGUGCUUAGUUCAAGCGUGGAAUACUGGAUUUGAAGCAAGUGCAAGAGCACCGAUGUUAUCACACAAGAGAACAGGGGCAUGAGGGAGUGAAACUUGAAGCUUGCGAAGGAGCAUACACAACCAAUACAGUUCUGUAGUUGUAAUAGCCAUUGCUUGAUAUUCAAAUUCGGUACUAGAACGCAACACCACUUGUUGCUUCUUAGCACUCCAUGAAAUCAAACAUUUUCCAAAGAAGAAAGCGUAGCCAUUCGUGGACCUUCAAUCGACAGGGGCUCCUGCCUAGUCAGAGUCACAGUAUGCAGUGAGGACUGGUUGCUCAGGUGUGUAGUACAACAAAUGAUCAAGAGAGCCUUAAGGUAGCGAAGCACUUGUUUGGAAAAUGUGAGAUGGGUUGUAGUAGGAGCAUGCAGGAAUUGACACAUCUAGUUGGCCGAGAAAGAAAUAUCAGGGCAAGUAAGGGUGCAGUACUGAAGUGCACCAACAAUUUGACGAUAUGGGAUAGCAUCAUGUAAUGGAUCACCAUCGCUGCAAGAGGGUUUCACGCCAGUUGUGCAGGGAGAGGUAUAUGGUUUGGCAUCUAGUAUGUUGGUGCGAGUAAGUAAGUCGAUGAUAUACUUAGACUGAUGAAAGUGCAGGCUUGCUGAAGUACAUUUAGCUUGGAUGCUGAGGA